AUGCCUAGUCGUUCAUAUUUCAAAGGGUGGCGGAGACGUCUCACCGCGCGGUACGGCGCUAAGAACCCGACGGCGUCCGAGGUAGCACAGGAUAUCCACAACGGACCCGGCAUAGUCGCCUCGCCGGCGUCUAUCGAGCUCCAGACUUUGGAGCGUAGAACUUCUUCAACCUCCUCGGCGCCAGCACAACGAGCGAUCACAGAUAUCCCGACCUCCGUACCCCCGGCUUCCGCCACCCUGCAGCAACCAGACACGAAAAGUUCUCUAUGGGAUAAAGCCCUAGAGCGGUUACGACAGUCUGAAGAAGACCAAGACAUCAAAACUGUCGAGGAGAUCGCUAAUAAUGUAGCCAGCAAUGUUGAAACACCCGACGGCAAGCCUGCCACUGUAACAGACCGAGCAGCGGCCAUCAAAGAGGAAAUGGAGCGGGAAAUCACGAGCGAACGAAACGAUAGCCUUGUUGAAAAUACGGUCUCAAUACUGAACAAGUUUCUCGCGGUGGACGAUGUCGACGCUAGCUUCGAUCCUGUCCAUGCAGCGCUCCCGUGGGCAGCCGUCCGGUUUGUCCUCGUGGUACACGAGAGUAACCACCAUCCCUAUCGUGCCUCGCUGUCAUGCUAUCAACAAAUGGGAAUCCUUGCCAGCCAAAUUCAGCCUCCAGAACAGAAAUUCCCUCUAACUGCAAGUGAUGCAUCCGUUCCGCGUACCUGGUGCGAUACUUGGUGCGAGUGUCUGUUAGUAGCGGAGUCGACUGUCGGUCGACCUUGA